AUGAAUAAUCCACCGCCCAUGAUGGGUUAUCAACCUUCAGGCGGCGGCAGCGUAACACAGAUGCUGGGGACGCCUCAGCCGCUCGCGCAGCCGUUGCACCAGACAGGCCCCACGCAACAAGCACAACAGAUGCUGCAGCAGCCGCCGGGGCUGGUCAGCAGCGGGACGCGGCAGAUGCUGGGGCAGAUAGGACAGGUAGGGAGUAAUCCGCUGUGCCACCCCCACCAGAGCGACCCGACGCUGGUAAACAACCCGAUCUGGAAGCUACAGCUGCAGCUGGCGGCGAUCUCGCGGCAGUCGGUGGGGCAGGCGAACGUCUAUGCGCGGCAGAAUGCGAUGAAGAAGUACUUGAUGACCCAGACAAACGGGAGCCAGCAGCCGGCGGACAUGGCGAAGUCGCUGGUGGACUUCACGAAACAAUACCUGCUGGAGAUGGCGGCGGAUCCGGCGGUGCCCAACAAUGCGGCGCUGGCGGCGAGCGGGCAGCAGAUACAGCGGCCCCACGGGACGCCUGUAUCGACGCCGAGCACGCCGAAGGCAGAGCUCGCGAACAACGCACAGACAACGCCGUCCAUCCUGCUGCAGCAGCAGCAGAAGAAGCUGUCGCAGUUCAACAUCGACGAGGAUGACGAAGUGGAGCAUCGCAUGAUGGCGCCGGUAAAUACCAAAUACGACGAACAGCUUUGGCACACGAUCGACUUGUCGAACCUUUCGGUCUACAAUCUAAACGAAAACCUGUUCAAGUACGAUUUCCUGACCCGUCUUUACCUGAACGGCAACAAUCUGACGCAUUUGCCUGCGUCUAUAAAGCAGCUACAAAAUCUGAGGGUGCUGGACGUGUCCCACAACAGGCUGACUGAGCUACCCCCGGAGCUAGGCAUGUGCUACCAAUUGAAAUACCUCUACUUCUUCGACAACAUGGUUUCGACUUUGCCGUGGGAGUUUGGCAACCUUUUCAACUUACAGUUUUUAGGAUGCGAAGGUAAUCCAUUGGAUAGACAAUUAAUUAAGAUCCUUACGGAAAAAUCUGUCACCGGGCUCAUCUUCUACUUGAGGGACAACGCGCCAGAAAUUCCGCUUCCGGAGCCUCGCAGAUUCAUCGAGGUCAACGCAGAUGGAGAGUCUGUUGAGACUUACAGGUGUAUUGAGGAGUCUACCAACCACUUGAACGAAGAACUUCUCAAAAAAUCGUUUACAUUGCUGUCGUACAACACACUAUGCCAGCACUAUGCUACUCCGAAGAUGUAUCGCUUUGUUCCAUCCUGGGCGCUCAGUUGGGAUUAUAGACGUGAAAAGCUAAAGGAUGAGGUUUUAGCGUACCAAACAGACAUUAUAUGUCUGCAGGAGGUGGAAAGCAAAACAUACGAGGAGUUUUGGCUACCAAUAUUAGAGAAACAGGGCUACUCUGGCAUAUUCCAUGCGAAGACAAGGGCCCGUACCAUGCAGUCGAAAGAUGCCAAGAAGGUGGACGGCUGCUGUAUCUUCUACAAGAAUUCGGAAUUCACUGCGGUAUUUAAGGAUGCAAUCGAUUUCAGCAGUGUUUGGAUGAAGCACAAAAAGUUUCAGCGUACUGAAGAUUACCUGAAUCGUGCUAUGAAUAAAGAUAACGUGGCAUUAAUAAUAAAGUUGCGUCAUGAGCGCACAGGGGAGCAUGUCUGGGUAGUCACUACCCAUCUCCACUGGGAUCCGCACUUCAACGACGUGAAAACGUUCCAGGUCGCGGUGAUGCUCGAUUAUAUCGAAAAACUGCUCAAACAGCACGGCGGUGUCGGCAGCCCCCAGGACAAGAAGAAGAUUCCGCUGGUUAUCUGCGGCGACUUCAACUCGCAGCUGGACUCGGCGGUCGUGGAGCUUUUCAACACCGGCUCCGUCCGUUCGCACAAGGACAUCGAGGGUAGAGACUUCGGAUAUAUGUCGCAGAAAAACUUCGCCCAUGGGCUUGCCCUCAAAUCCAGCUAUGGCUCGAUUGGCGAGCUGCCUUUCACCAACCUCUCCCCCACCUUCACCGACGUGAUCGAUUACAUAUGGUAUUCGACUCAAGCACUGCGUGUGCGUGGGCUACUGGGAGAGAUUGACCCAGCAUACGCCGCCAAAUUCAUUGGAUUGCCCAACGACAAGAUUCCGAGCGACCACAUUCCGUUGUUAGCUCGCUUUGAGUUUACUAAAGGUUCAUCUGCCACUAUUAACACGAAUGGUAACAAAACUGUAUAA